AGAGCCUCUUUAUCACUUUCACGUUAAUGUACGCCGUUAAUGAACGCUUCACCCUGAUGAAUAGUUUUUUCGUGACUCGGUAAAUAUUACACCAUGUGAUAAUAUAAAGGUGGAGUUGGACUUUGAGGGCGCCGCCCCUCCCGGCUUCUUGUAGCUGCGCUGAGAGCAGAAACAAAAUAUCAGCGAGGCUUUCAUCAGUUUGUUUCUGCAGGUUCUGCACGAGGUAUGACCCGGCGCUGGCGGCUCUGCACACCCGAGAUUGACAUGCCAACGUGGGAUCCAGUCGAUGAAACCCCCAACGUCCUAACGCUGUUCCUGACUCUUUCCAGCUAGUUUGAUAGAAGAUAAAAAGGCCAAGGAAUUUUCAGGAGAUGCAAAACUGUUCAGGCGGCAACUGUUCGUCCAAGAACGACACGCUCGAAGGCGACUGCUACCAUAGCACACUGGCUCUGGUUCUGCCCAUUGUCUACAGUGUCAUUGCCUUUCUUGCAAUCACUGGGAACUUUUCUCUGAUCUUUAUUAUCAUAAAGAAGAAGGAGAUGCACAAUGUGACAAACAUCCUGAUUGCCAAUCUGUCGACAUGCGAUUUGCUGAUUUCGAUUAUCUGCCUGCCCUUCACUGUCGUCUACACAUUAAUGGACUACUGGAUCUUUGGGGAAGCCAUGUGCAAACUAACCAACAUGGUCCAGUGCGUGUCCGUUUCAGUCUCCGUCUUCACCUUGGUGUUAAUAGCUUUGGAACGCUACCAGCUCAUCAUCAACCCUCGUGGCUGGAGACCAAGCAACUUGCACGCGUUCAUUGGGAUUUUCGUGGUCUGGAUUUUAGCGAUUUGCAUAGCCAUACCUUUAGCAAUACACGUUGUUUUUGAGGAAUCCCCUCUAAAUAAUUUCCCACAGUAUAAGGGAACAUUCAUCUGUCACGAGCGUUGGCCGUCGCUCUCAUCGCAGAACAUCUUUACUAAUGUGAUGCUUGUUGUGCAGUAUUUUGGACCACUUUGCUUCAUAGGCAUGUGCUACUUGAAGAUUUAUAUCCGUCUUAAAAGAAGAAAUGUUGCCAUGGAGACAAUGAGAGAAAAUAAGUAUAGGUCCAACGAGACCAAAAGAAUCAACGUCCUGCUUAUCUCAAUUGUGGUGGCAACGGCCGUGUGCUGGCUUCCUCUCCACAUUUUCAAUAUAGUGGCCGAGCUGAUUCCAGCAGAAUCCAUGGUCUGCACGAAUCUUUGGUCUUCGGUUUGCCACUUGAUGGCAAUGAUCUCUACUUGCAUCAACCCCAUUUUUUAUGGAUUUCUGAACAGGAAUUUGCAACAAGACUUGCUGAUUGCUUUCCGGUUCUGCCGAUGUUCCUCUAGAGAAGACGAUUAUGAGACAAUAACUAUGUCAACGAUACAGUCGGACGUGUCAAAGACGUCCUUCAAGCUCAGUAGCCCAGAGGCAUCAGCAUGAAGUCCAUGGCUUUUGUGCUUUUUAAGGGCAAAGCAACGAGAGACUCUGAUGAAAUCGCAAACGGUGAAAUGUUAGCAGUAGCCACCAGUAUAUAAGUGUGAGCAGUUUACACACGUUUUUAUUUUAAUUUUUUUUCUGCAGGGUUGACUUUAAUUUUCCUAAUAUGUUUAUAUUUUUCAUACUUUGUUUUUAAGAAAUUUGAAGGGUAAAGAUUGAACAGGAAGUAUUUUCUUUUGUUAUUAUAACAAUAGGGUUUUAAUCAGACAUCACAACCUAAAGUCAAGCGUAGUGUUAAAUAAAUCCAAAAGCAGACCACCAGUCGUCUCCAUGAUAAACAUACAGUGCUUUCGGAAAGUAUUAAGACCCCUUCACUUGUUCAUAUUUAGUUAUUUUCCAGCCUUGUGUUAAAAUCAUUUAAAUUCAUUUUUUCCCUCAUCAGGGAACACUCAACACCCCAGAAUCAGAAAGUGAAAACAAGGUUUAAGCAAUUUUUUGGCAAUUUAUUAAAAAUAAAACAUUGAAAUAUCACACUGACACAGGUAUUCAGACUCUUUAGUCAGUACUUCGUUGAAGCCCCUGUGGCAGCCAUUCCAGCCCAGAGUCUUCUUGGGUCGCACGCCUGGAUUUGGGAAUGUCUUGACAUUCUUCUCUGCAGAUCCUCUCAAGCUUUGGCAGGUUACAUGUAGACUUCAGGUGGACAGCUAUGUUCAGGUCUCUCCAGAGAUGUUUGAUUGGGAUGAAGCUUGGGCUCUGAUAGGCUUCUCAGGAACAUUCACAGCCACUCCAGUGUUGUCUUUGCUUGCUGCUUUGGGUCAUUGUUCUGUUGGAAGGUGAACCUUUGACCCAGUCUGAGCCCCAGAGCAGGUUUUUGUUAAUGAUAUCUCCGUACUUAACGCUGUUCAUCUUUCCCUCAGCCCUGACUAGUCUC